GGCUGAGCCGGAGUCGCCCUCCUCCCCCCCGCCGGCCUCAGACGGGGGCAUGGAGUUGGCGGGAGCCUAUAAAAGCCCCUGACGGCGAGCCGGGGCCACCGUCCUGCAGGAGCCGGCCAGGCCAGGAGAACGAGACCAUGUCCCAUCACUGGGGUUACGCCAGCCACAACGGACCUGCUCAUUGGCAUGAGAAUUUCCCCAUUGCCAAUGGAGAGCAUCAGUCCCCUAUUAAUAUCAACACCCAGUCCGCCCAGUAUGACGCUUCUCUGAAGCCUUUGCAUGUCCAUUAUGACCCCUCCACAGCUAAAAACAUCGUCAACAAUGGGCACUCUUUCAAUGUGGAGUUUGACGACUCUGCUGACAAAUCAGUGCUGAGGGGCGGAGCGCUUGAGGGAACCUACAGACUGAUUCAGUUUCACAUUCACUGGGGCUCCUGUGAAGGCCAAGGUUCUGAGCACAUUGUGGAUGGAGUGCAAUAUGAAGCCGAGCUUCACCUGGUUCACUGGAACACAAAAUAUGGUAGAUUUGAUGAAGCUGUGAAGCAUCCUGAUGGCUUGACUGUGGUAGGCGUUUUUCUGCAGGCGGGAAGUGACAGGCCUGAGAUACAGAAAGUUAUCGAUGCAUUAGACUCCAUUCAAACCAAGGGCAAGCAAGCUUCCUUCACAAACUAUGAUCCCAAGAAUCUGCUUCCCACAUCCCUGGAUUACUGGACUUACCAAGGUUCGCUGACCACUCCCCCUCUACUUGAAUGCGUUAUCUGGCAUGUUCUGAGAGAACCCAUCAGUGUCAGUCCAGAACAGUGGACUUUGCUGCUACUCAGGACAGGAGUCAAGAAGAAAUGCCAUUGCUUGGAAUGCAGAAAAUUUGCAGCUUCCAGAAGUUUGCAUUUUAUCUCAAGAAACUCUUUUAUCAUGCAGCCUGAUGACACUGGCAAAUGCUCUCAGAGUAGAGCACUGACAACUGUGCAAACUCCGUGGCCUUUGCUUCAGUGCUGAGAAUGAGCCCCCAUACCAUAUGAUGGACAACUGGCGUCCAUGCCAGCCUCUGAAGGGCAGAGAAGUUAGAGCAUCAUUCCAAUGAGCUAAGCACUGAGCUCAUAAGAAAUUGCUGUGUUUGUGAGGGAGGAGUCCUUUCUGCUAAGCACAAAUCAAACCUUUGCUAGCUGUGCACUGGCAACAUUUCUUCUCCUAGAUCUCUCGCUUCUUCCAUUCAGCAUCUGAAGUUCUGGCUAAUGAAAUGUGAAAGACCCUAGACCAAGAGAAAAAAGGGUCUUAAGGUAUGGGGAGAGGGGAAAUCUGUGUGGUGUUUGAUAAUUGCUGUGACUGACACUUUGACUGUUUGGCAAAGCGCAUAAUGACCGCAAAAUAAGCCAUUUUAAGUAACCUCAUCUACAGGUGAUGGUACAUAUAACUAACUGUACUCAGUAAUGUGAAGCUUUUUGGAAGCACAGGAAUACAGAAUAAUUUGGACAUUUUAAAUGUGAUUUAAGAGAUUAAGUUGUGUCAACAUAGGCAGUGAAAAGCAAAUUAAUAAUUAUUAAAUGUCUUAGAUUUUAAGAAAUUGAUGUGUAAAUAUUUUUUAAAUUUUACAUUUUUAGCCAUGGUAUCAUCAACCUCAAUUAUGUCUUAAUGUUAGUGUGUUUUUUUAAAUUACAAAAUGUCUUAAAUUAAAUAUUUAUAAAACUAAUUCCCAUAGAUAUAAUACAGAGUAACUUUCCAUUAAAAUAAUAUGUCAUAAUUUAAAGAAGAAAUGAAUAUGUAUUUUAGAUAAAUUCUCUAAUAAAAAAACCUCUAUAAUUAUA